AUGGACGACGACACGGUCAUCAUAUCAUCAGCAUUUUUAAUAUUGGAGGAAGAAGUAGCUGAUAACAACGAAAAAAAAAGAAGAAAACAAAAGCAACAUUGGGUUCGGCCUUUUCUUUUGGAAGGUGAUGGAGUGUAUGUUUCCUUUAGGGAGCGAUUGAAACGGAAUGAUCCCGAGCUAUACAAAAACUUUGUACGAAUGUCACCAGAAGAUUUUGAUUAUUUGCUGGAACUAGUCACUCCAUUAAUAGAAAAGGCCAAUACUAAUAUGAGGGAAUCUAUAUGCCCUGGAGAACGCCUGGCAAUAACAUUGAGAUUUUUAGCGACUGGGGACAGCUAUGCAAGUCUGAUGUUCUUGUUUAAAAGAUCGAGAUCAUCGAUAUGCAAUAUUGUACCUGAAGUCUGCACUGCAUUAUAUAAAGUAUUAAAAGAUAAAUUUUUAAAGAUGCCAGCAACAGAGGAGGAAUGGGAGAGAAUUUCCCAUAGUAUAAAUAAAACUUGGAAUUUUCCCAAUUCAAUCGGGGCACUAGAUGGAAAACACAUCGAUAUUAUAGCACCAGCGCACUGUGGAAGCGCAUAUUUCAAUUAUAAAAAGAAAAACAGCAUUGUUUUGAUGGCUCUUGUGGUCGCAAAUUACAAUUUUGUUUACAUCGACGUUGGUGCAAAGGGCAGAGAGUCCGAUGGCGGUGUAUUCAGUAGAUGUUCGCUAUCGAAUGGAUUAUAUACUAACACGUUAAAUUUGCCGCAUCCAAAACCACUGCCCUGCAGACAAAAACCAAUUCCAUAUGUAAAUUCCAUUGGAAAAUAG